AUGAUAGGACUAAGACUACGUUUGGUUGGAGGAAUAGAAUGGAAAGAAAAAGCCAUUCCACUUAGAAAAGGGCUUUCCGUGGGGGGCUGUGGAAUUGCUUUUCCAUUCAGCCCUGAUUUACGUUUUCUCCAAAAACUCUCUGAUGCCCUAGCCUCCAUUUCUUGCUCGGCCACCGAGCUCCAGCCAUUGACCAUCGACCUCCAGAGCACUCCUCGCUUCCUUUUUUUUUUCUUCUUCUCGAUCUCCGGCAAGAGAGGUUUGGCUCGAUUCUUCUCGAUCUCUGGUGAAGAUCCAAGAGGUUUGGCUCCGAUCGAAACGAAAAAGUUCUCGCGCGGCUCGAUUCUUGGCUCGCUUCGUUGCUGCUGCUGCUGCUUCUUGGAUCUUCACCGGUGCCUCACUACUGCUGCUUCUUGGAUCUUCACCGGCACGAAGACGAGUUUGGCAUCAUCAUCACCAGAUGAUGAGGGAGGUGAUAAUCUCAGUGGUGGUCCACUAGUGUCGUUUGUUAAUGGUGCUUGGGUGGACCAAGUUUUCGAUCUGAAGCCAUCUUUUGAAGCAAUUGUGAAAGGGUCUUAUAAAGCUGAUAUCAGAACCCUUGACUUUGUAAACAAGUUGUUUUAUUGUAGGAUAAUGGCUCACUUAGGAUUAGUUAAAAGUGAAAGUUUGAAAAGGUAAGUGAACACUUAAGUCGGGCUAUCGGUGAAGACAUGACGGAAAAACAUAGCCGGAUUAGGGAUGAGCUACAAAGGACCACAACCAUUAAUGCAAUGGAGCGACAUAAGGUAGCUCAGACAAUGAUAAAGGAUGAUGCUUUAGUUUCUUACGUUUUUAGUAUCCCUGAUGAUGAAAAAGAUGAGUGGGCUAAAGCUUGCUUACUGGUAAUAUUUAGGAGUGUUUGUUUAGUUUCAGUGGAAAAACAUAGCCGGAUGACCUUUUGAUAUAGUGGUGUAUGUGCUAUGCAUUUCUCUUUUGAUAUAGUGGUUCAUGUGCUAUGCACUUUUCUUUUGAUAUUGUAACUAAUUAGGAUUAUGCUUCACUUUGUUAAAUUGUAUUAACUAGGAACUUGCUUCACUUGGCAUAUGACUAUAUUUUGGGAUUAUAUAUGUAGUUGAAUGA